UGGAGUAAGUAUACUUGAAAGGACAUCUAAUAUUCUAAUUAUAGAUGACCCUUAAUACUUUGCCCAAAUUAAAAUUCUUGAAGAAGCUGAUUACCUGAUGGCAUGAUGCUAGCAAACAUCAUAUUCUGUUCUGCUGUUUGUUUGGCCGCGCUAACUGUUCUGCUAUUGUCUCUCCUAUCACCAGUUCCUUACAAAGAGCAUGAGACCGACUUGCAGAAGCCUUUGGUUGCAUUAUCUUUGUACAUUAAGCAACCAAGAACUAUGAACCGUAACAAGAAUGGUGAUACAGAUUCUUCUAUGGCAGCCUUGACCUUCCACCGAAUGCUCACAGAGGGACCUGAGAGCACUUCGACAAUUGUAGGAAGAGCGCAAGGUUUCAUAAUACCGGUAGAGCAGUUUGCGCAUUCAGCUUUCAACAUAAUUCAUCUGACAUUCAACACAGCUAAUUACUCGGGGAGCUUAAGUAUUCAAGCAAAGCAAUUGGAACACAAGAAGAUCGAAGAGCUUAGAGUGGUUGGUGGUACUGGCUCUUUUGCAUUUGCACGCGGCAAGGCUGUUUUUGUAGAGGCCGAUCAGGAAUUAUCUGGUGUUGAUACACCGAUUUAUCAAGUAAACCUACAACUUGCAUUUCCCAGGCAAUUGCAAUCUAUACGGGUAUAAAGGGUUUAGUGAUCAACUAGGAUUAGUUUCACAUGUAUUAUGCUUGCAGUAUUCAACUUAUAACUACUGUAUCAUGUACUAGAAUGUUUGCCCUGAAUUUGUCUGUUAUCAU